UUGGGUGGUUUUUUUCUCAUUUUGUGUACAACAUGGGAGUGUGAGAGGACUUUGUUGCCCAAUUUUGGUGAAAAUUCCCGUGAAAAUCGGUGUUAGAGAAUGGAAAUUGAUGCAGAAAGUGCUACUUUAGAGUGUAAUCUGUGAAAUUGAGUAAUUCCCAGUGUAGAUUCCGUGCUAAAAGUGGGUGAAAAACAUGGCUGAAGUGAAGGAGAUUGUGCGCGAAAAGUUUCGUCAGGAGGAGAUUGUUGUUUCGAUCUUCGAGGCUUAUCAAUUGAUUGGCUAUGAGCAACAGAAUCGCCUCCUGGCCUUAGUGAGAUGCCACAAUUCUCAUGCAGUCUUCUCCUUUGCCCUCUCCGUGUGUCCACCCACGACAUUUGUCGAUCUCACCGUGGAGAACUUCUUCCCCAUCGACCGGGACUUUCGCAUUGAUGCUCCUUCAGGGGGCAUCUCGAAGCUUCAGUUCCGGAUCACCACAAGAGCCGGACAGAACCUCUUCUACUACUAUCCUUGCCAGACGUACAUUCACUACAAGUACGACUAUUUCCAGAAUGAUAUUCUAGCUGCCCAGUUCGCAUUCAACGAGCAUCCAGAUGCCAUGGAUUUCACAUGGUUGGAAUCCUAUAGGAGAGAAGAUCUCUCGGCAAUUGACAGGAAUAUUGCAGAUGGGAGGGCGACACUGAAGAAGAGAGAAUCAAAGUUCCGAGAGGAACUGGAAAAGAGGGAACAUGAGUUUAUUGUUUAUGAACCCUAUCGCUUUUACAUUGCCACGUGGAAUGUCAAUGGUCAGCCACCAAAUGAUAUUUCUCUGCAUGAAUGGCUGGCAACGACAAAAGAUCCUCCGGAUCUCUAUGCCAUUGCCUUUCAGGAGUUGGAUCUGUCACCCAAAGCUUAUACAUUCAGUGAAAAUAGGCCGGAUUUUGUGUGGGUGUCACGGGUAUUGGAUGGAGUUCAUCCGGGAGCCAAUUAUGAAGAAUUGGUAUCUGUGAGACUGGUGGGAAUGAUGAUGAUCAUUGUGAUUAGGAGGGAGUUGAGACGUUUGGUGAAAUCGUGCACGACAACUUCUGUGGGCACUGGAACGCUCAAUAUGAUGGGAAAUAAGGGAGGAGUUGGUGUUAGUUUGGAGUUCAAUGAGAAUUUUAUAUGUUUUGUCAAUUCUCAUCUUGCGGCCCAUGUACAUGAGGUACUGAGGAGGAAGGAGGAUCAUGAUGAAAUCCUGAGGAGGAUGCAAUUUGAGCAUGGAAUAACGAAGAGGAGUAUUGAGGAGCAUGAUCAUAUUUUUUGGUUUGGUGAUCUAAAUUAUCGUAUUAUCGAGCAGGAGUACAAUAAAUUUGUUGAUCCUCUGGCAAUGGGUGUUGUACCUGGUGCAGGAGGUACCCAGAGAUUUGCAAAUCAGGAAUUUAUUUAUGCCGAAUUGCAGCCAUUUGAUCAGCUUCAUGUGGAAAUGAAGAGGAAAAAUGUGUUUGUUAAUUUUGUCGAAGGACCAAUAAUGUUUCAGCCAACGUAUAAAUAUGAUCCGGGAACGAAUAAUUGGGACAGUAGUGAGAAGAGUCGAAUGCCAGCAUGGUGCGAUAGGAUUCUCUGGCGUAGUGAUAAGACCCAUCAGAUUGUCUAUGAUAGUAUCAUGGCGUUGCAACUUAGUGAUCAUAAACCAGUUUAUGCUCUAUUUUUGACCAAUGUUAAGUGCAGGGAUGAGGAGAAGUACAAGAAGGUGCACGAGGAAGUACUAAAGACAGUGGAUAAGUAUGAGAAUGACAAUCAACCACAAAUUACAGUGGCUGAGACGGAUAUUGACUUUGGUGUCAUUCAGUUUAAUUCUGUCAUUCAGAGGGAGAUCCUUGUAGCCAACAAUUGCCAUCUACCGGUAAUUUUUGAAUUUACCGGAAAGGAAGGCAAGGAUAGUGCAAUAUGUGAAUCCUGGCUAGAUAUUCAGCCCAGCAGAGGGAGACUCUUCACAGGAAAUUCCAUUAGUAUCAAACUCGAGUUGCAUGCUGAUUCGAAAUCUGCCUGGAAGUUGCAUCGGAAGCAACGGGAAUCUGGUCAGAAAGUGCCUCUGGAUAUUUUGGUACUCCAUGUGGAGAAUGGCCGAGAUAUCUUCAUCACUAUCAUAGGAGAGUACCGACAGAGCUGUAUAGGAUUCAAUCUGGAGACUCUAUGUCAGAUUCAGAAGCCCGUGACACAGAUGAACCUCAAGGAGAUCCUCCAGCUGGAGUAUGAGAUUGACAAGAGUGCUCCGACGCGCAAUGAAGAACCCGGGAAGACCGAUCCAGCAGAAAUUCCCCGCGAAUUAUGGUUUCUAGUCGACUAUCUCUUCAAUCAUGGCCUACAGACACUCAAUCUCUUCUCCAUGGAGCGGAAGUUCAGGAGAUCAGCAAAUAUUGCUGAGAUUCGGGAUUGGCUGGAUUCGUGGAGUGUCGAUGUUUUUCCUGGAAAUCCAUACACAGCUGCAGAGACUCUCCUAUUCCUCCUGGAGGCCACUCCAGUGCCUCUGGUGCAUCCCUAUGAGGAUUUAGUCUACACUGUGGACAGCUAUGAGAAAUGCAGGGACAUUAUAACAUUCCUCACGCCGCAGAGGAAGAAGAUCUUCAUCUACGUUUGCCUUUUCCUCAGGGAAGUCCUGAAGAAUGUCGCAUGGAAUCGGGUGGACAAUCACAGACUCGCUCGAAUAUUUGCUCCUGUGCUCCUGAAGUCCCGGACAAUAUCCCCAAAGGUGGAUCGUCGAGUGGAGGACGACAGGGAUGACAAAAGGGUGAAAUUCCUGCUGAGAUUGCUGGACAACAACGACUUUCUGCGAGAAUUUGCCAUAACAGACCUCAAAGUUGUCAACCGAUCGAUGCCACUGCUGGAUCUGUCGUGAACAUCCGAAGCUCCAGGGAGCUUUAUAGAGAUUUCUAGGUGAUAGUACGGGGUAAGUUUAAGAGUAGAUAGAACAAAUUCAUCCUCCGGCAAAAAAAAUGAGAUCAAAAAGGUCAGUACGAUUUCAAAAUGAUCUUUAUAUUUCUCCUUUCUGAAUAUUUAAAAAAAAAAUAAACAAAAAUUACACCAAUCUUAUUUAACAAGUUAUGCAGAUUCUAAUUUCAAACAUGCGACAAGGAAAAAAAACUGUUCUUAAAAUUCUACAACAAAUUGUGAUGUAGAUUUAAAUGGAAAUGUCUUCUAUUUCUCUUUGUAAUUUGUUUAAUGGGAGAAAUUGCAAGAUCUCUAUUCUCACUCAAUAAAUGCAUCUUAAAUAUCACAUUUACAUUUAA